GCCCUCUCUGACACAGUCCCAAGACGACGCUGUAUCCUCUCCGAGCUUUCAGAUCUCCCUCAUGGAUGAAUCGUCGGCGGCAACCGGAGUCCACUCUAUCCGCUGUAGAGCUGCUGUCUGCCGGAAGCCUGGUGAGCCAUUAGUGAUCGAGGAGAUAAUUGUGGCUCCGCCUAGGGCUCGUGAAGUUCGAAUUCGGAUAACAUGCACCUCUUUGUGUCUGAGUGAUGUUACCUUCUGGAAGUUGAAGGAUCCUCCGGGAAUUGUUCCUAGAAUUCUUGGCCACGAAGCUAUUGGAGUGGUUGAGAGUGUAGGGAAGGAUGUCAAUGAAGUUAGGGAAGGAGAUACUGUCAUCCCAAUAUUCAUGGCUGACUGUGGGGAGUGUGCAGAUUGCUUAUCAGUGAAAAGCAAUCUCUGUUCUAAACUCCCUUUCAAGAUAGCUCCGGGGAUGCCUCGCUGUGGGACGAGCAGAUUCACCGAUAUCAAUGGGGAUGUUAUUCAUCAUUUUCUGUCUGUAUCAAGUUUCACUGAAUACACAGUGGUAGAUAUUGCCAAUGUACUGAAAAUUGAUCCUGCAAUACCUCCAAACAGGGCAUGCCUUCUUAGUUGUGGGGUUGCAACAGGGGUUGGUGCGGCAUGGAAAACAGCAAAUGUGGAGAAGGGAUCCACUGUUGCCAUUUUUGGACUGGGGUCCAUAGGUUUAGCUGUAGCUGAAGGAGCAAGACUAUGUGGAGCAAGCCGGAUCAUUGGGAUAGAUAUCAACCCUGAUAAAUUUGAAGCUGCAAAAAAGUUUGGAGUCACUGAGUUUGUUAAUUCUAGAAGCCUCGGGGAUAAACAUGUGAGCCAGGUAAUUAAUGAAAUGACUGAUGGGGGUGCAGAUUACUGCUUUGAAUGUGUUGGAAUGGCUUCCUUAGUUCAGGAAGCAUUUGCUUGCUGCAGAAAGGGUUGGGGAAAAACAAUUGUGGUAGGAGUGGACAAACCAGACGCAACUUUGAGUUUUAGCUCUUAUGAUGUCCUUUUUCAUGGGAAGACUAUUAUGGGUUCGUUAUAUGGAGGAUUGAAGCCUAAAUCAGAUAUUCCCACUCUUCUUAAAUGGUACACAGAUAAGAAACUUGAGCUGGAUAAAUUUGUGACACACGAAGUAGGUUUCGAAGACAUCAAUCAAGCUUUUAAUUUGCUAAUGGAAGGAAAGUGCUUGAGAUGUGUGAUAUGGAUGAAGAAAUGAGUAGCCACCCCAUGAUCAUGGCAUGGCUUGGCUCGUUACUCGUCAACAAUUACGUCUAUCCAAAAACUUUAGAAUGUACUUUGUUUAUUUCCUCUACUCUACGUGUUGUCUGUAUCGUCUAUCUUGUAAUGUUAUGGGUACAUAUUUACUUCUCUGAGUGUUUAUGCUUUGAGCAAAUUUGGAAGAAA